GGAAGAUGGAAGCUACAGCAGCAGCAAGAAGAACACCACCGCCGCCGUCGGCGAUUGAGCGGCCGAACAACCGCUUCCACUGAAUCCUAAUCAUCCGAGCUUGGUCUGGCGCGCUCCGCCGCGAAUCGUCGGCGCGUUGCAUCAUCUUGUAGAUCAGGAACUUAGCCCGCCGCGAAUCGCCGGUGGCCGUGCCAGUUGUUGACCUCCCUCUGUUCCGACUCCGGAUGAAGUAGGCCGGAGAGCACGGCGACCACGACGAACACCGCUCCCCGCCAGCUGGCUCGGAGGCGCACGAAAACCUGGGAGAGAGAAGGGGUGGUAGACAAGGAAAGAAAGGAAGGAAGAAUGACCCAGAUGGUAAUUGAUGAUCAUCAAUCAGAGGAUUACUACAGCUCAGUUCAGAAGUACUUGCUGGAAGAACCGGCACAGGUCGAUGAUGAUCACCAUCUUGAUGAAGAGGUGUACGACAGCCAGAGAUUGAACUGUUUGAUCCAAUCUCUGGAAGCAGAGAUUAACUACGGCCAUGAUCUUGAUCUUCAGCAGCAGCAGCAACAACAACAACAGCCGUCGGGUCAUGUUGUGGAAGGGCAUGAAACGGGGCCGGAUUAUGGUGAUCUUGGGUUCAUCAUUAGCUGGAAUGAUCAGAUUGAGAUGGGCUUCAGUGAUUCCUUCUUCCUUGAUGGAUUUAGUGCUGAUAAUAGAAUGAUGAAAAGGGAUUAGCUUUUGCUCACUUUCUUAAUCCCCACAACUUAGAGGAGACCUUUGAUACUUGUUUACUAGGAAGGAGUUUUGUGGCGAAGUUUUAAUUUACACUAUUAACAACACCA